UUCGAGAAACCACAAAAAAAAAAAAAAAAAAAAAAAAAAGGCCAAACCCAAACACAAACCUCUCUUCACUUUCCUUCUUCUCUUUCGACAAGUACAAACUCACUCACUAAUACACAUGUCUUCCCAAAUUUGUCUCUUACCAAUUUACGUUACACAUCUGUUUUUUGGAUUCACAAAAUCCCAUUUUUGCUUAAAUCACCUAUAAACCCCCAACACCCCUUUUAUAUAUAGAGCACCUCUUCUUUACAUAUAAUGCUUGUUGAUGUCUUUGAGCAAAACAGAAAAUUAUUUCACUCUCACAAUUAUAAUAAUAAUAAUAAUAAUACAGAUUUCUACUUCUUGUUUUUCAGAAGAAAAUGAAGAACAGCAAUCGUCCUUUGCCUUUUCAUAUCGAUCUUAACGAAGCUCCUUUGCCUUCACCGAGAGAAAGGGUUGUUGUUUCCGCUCCAUUCUUGGAUAAUCCGGAACCCACCCGGGUCAAGAAUGAACCGGGUCAACCCGACCCGGUUAGGAAUGUUCGGGUCUGUAGUUCUUGCCAGUCGGGUUCGGGUUCAGGUUCAGGUUCUAGGAGGUGGGGUCAGCAAGAGGAAUGGAAGUGUUUUAAAUGUGUGUUGAGUGGGGGUAGUGGGGGUGGUGGGGUAAGUGGGGGUGGCGGGGUAAGUGGGGUGUUGGAUAUGAAUGCUGUGCCGGUGUUGGAUAUGAAUGCAUCGCCGCCACGGGAAUUGAUGGAGGAAGGAGAAAGCAUGUGUGUGGACUUGAAUGAUGAGUUGCCUGUUGUAAGAGAAUUGGAGCAAGAACGUGUGGCAAACAAUGUCAUUUCCUCGAGAUGCGAAGCAAGGAGUCAUCGCGUUCUGGGGGCAGCCAUGAGCCUUAGAGAAGUGUGUGCUUCUAACAAUGUCGAGCAAACUGAUCCUGAUGUGAAAAGAUUCCAAGCUAUGAAAAGUUUCUCUUCUACUGGCCGUUCCUUCAAUGCCCCAACAAGCUCUUUUUUGGUAUAUAGGGAGAAUGGAUUCAAUUUUCAGAAGGCUUCCUCACUUACAGGGGAUAUUCGUAAGUCACAAUUGGAGGACACAGCUCUCGAUAGACCUCAUUCUGACCGGAUAAAUCUAAGCAUAACAGAUCCAGUAUUGAUGUAUGAUUCAAGGAAUCGUGUAUGUGAUUUCACUGCAAAGAAAUUUGUUCUACCAAGAACGCGUGAAAUUUAUCUUCAAGAACUUAGAGAAUAUAUUGCUGGGAUGAAAGGCCAUCUAGAUGAUGGCUGGCAUGUGGAUAUUAAGUAUUGUGACAAAAGAUGCAAGACUUAUCCAGUAUAUGUUGGACCAAAAGGAACUUCCUUUGAGUCGCCUGAUGAUGUUGCUCAACAUAUGGGGUUGUACCAAUCUGUGGAGGUUGAUGGCGGUAAAUUUACUUUAGUUCGUGAGGGAUUGCCAAAUGUCUUUAGAAGUAAAUUAGCUUCAGGUUCUGCUAAAGCCCGCAAGUCUGAACAAAGUCGGAAUUCUCCUGGGGGCAACUUCUUCCAUAAUGGUGGUUCUAUAGCCAAGAGUAUAUAUCCAAGUGAUGGCUAUCCAGUUCAGUUUCAGGACUUCUUUCUUAUGCAAGCUGGAAAUGUUGACCCUCGACCAUCAUAUCACAGCACUAGUGAGAUAUGGCCUGUGGGUUACUUGUCUAGCUGGCAUGACAGAAUUACAGGAUCUUUUUUUACUUGUGAGGUUGCUGAUGGAGGGGAUCCUGGCCCAGUUUUCAAGGUCAAGAGGUACCCAUGCAGCCUGCAGUCUAUCCCAAUUGGUUCGACGGUCCUUUUAACAUCUAGAUGCGAUUCUCGUAUUGGCGAAGAUAAUGUGGAAAAUGGUAAUUCUGUAACUUCUAUGCUGGAUGAUGAGGAGAGUUCUUCCAUCCAGGUGAUGCUAGAAGAGUGCGACCCACCAGAUCUGAAUUGUGACACUGAAAAUAUGCAGUGGUUGAAUUCAUUACCUGGAAAGUUUGGAAAGGUAUGUCCUGGUGUUAUUGGGCAAGGGGACAGUGUGGGGGAGUUUGUUGUGGAAGGAAGAUCUACAUCUUCUGUGUGGGAAAUGGCUUCCCAGCAUCUUCUGCAUGCAUGCAUUGCUGCUUAUAAGCAAAAAGGUGUAAUCCAAUUCUGCUGUAGUCAUGAGGUAGAUAAAAUGGAUGAAAAAGAGCUGAGUGAAGUAGGUUCAUUGUCCAAGUUCUCUUACUGUGGUGGCACUUUUAACUUUCCAAGAUUAGUGCAGAGCAAUUUCGAUUUUAAAAUUGCUUGUGAAAUGUUAGUGAAGUGGUUAGAGCAAGACAGAUUUGGACUAGAUGCAGACUUCGUGCAAGAAAUUAUAGAACAGCUUCCUGGUGUAUCUGCAUGCACUAAUUAUAAAAGUGUUAGUAAGAGAAAGCACAACACAACUCUGCAAACAGUCAGAAAUGGGUUCCUGCAGGCUAAAAGAAAGAAUCACAUGCAGGAUGAGAGGGAAGCUGUCGAAUCUUUGAGAAUUUCUGGAACACGCAAAAAUCAUAUGGGGGACGCUGACAUCAGGCGUCCCUGUAUUGCUGGAAAGCCGCUUAGCACAAAGAUUCCUGCAUUUUUGAUAGGUGACACUCUCCAGGUUUGGGAAUUCUUGUUGAGGUUUUCAGAAGUCUUGGGGCUGGAAGCUCCACUUUCAUUUGAAGAACUUGAAGAGGAAAUAGUUGGUCCAUGGACAGAUAAAACAAGUUCAAUCGAAAUGCCCACACUCGAGAUUCAGGAUGUCAGGGAGAUCGCCUUAGCAAGAGGUGAAAUGGACUCUCUAUCUGGUAGAUUGGGUUUUCAUCAAUCUAUUGGAUUUACUCGUUUGCUUUUGGCAAAGAUUCAUGGUCUACUGCUCAAAGCUCUCGUCACCGAGCUGGUCUCAAAAGUUGCUGUCUAUGUCGAUCCGAAUUAUGGUGCAGGAGGGUUCAAAUCUAGAAGAGGCAGGAAAAAAGAUGCUGACAAUUUAGCGACUCUCAAAAAAACGAGACUUGAUAUGCUUCCCAUUAAUGAAGUUACAUGGCCUGAAAUUGCUCGGAGGUACAUGUUAGCAGUGUGGACCAUGGAAGUUAAUCUUGAGUCUCCAGAAAUUGCUUGCCGGGAGAGUGGGAAGGUAUUUCAUUGCUUACAAGGUGAUGGUGGGACGCUUUGUGGCUCUCUUACGGGAGUUGCUGCAUUAGAGGCUGAUGCAAUGCUUCUUGCAGAGGCUACAAAGCAAAUAUUUGGAUCACUGAAGAGGGGAAGCAUUUUUGUUUCCAUUGAUGAGAAAGAAUCUGAUGCCAAAGGAGCCGACGCUGAUGAUGGAAAAGUCCCAGAGUGGGCAAAGGCACUGGAGCCAGUACGGAAGCUGCCUACAAAUGUGGGGGCUCGUAUUAGGAAAUGUAUCAAUGAGGCUUUGGAAAAAGAUCCACCUGAAUGGGCAAGGGAAAAAUUGGUGUACUCGAUUAGUAAGGAAGUUUACAAGGGAAAUGCAUCAGGGCCAACCAAGAGAGCAGUAAUUUCUGUCCUGGCUGAUGUUAACAGUGAAACUACUUCUUCCAAACCUGAGAAGGAAGUAAAGGUAAAGAGUUCUACCUCUGUGUCUGAUAUCAUUAUGAAACAAUGUCGGAUUAUACUGCGGCGAGCUGUUAAAGAAGAUAAAGAUAAAGUCUUCUGCAAUCUCUUGGGAAGAUCUGUUCUGAACCCUAAUGAUGACGAUGAGGGGCUUCUUGGGCAUCCGGCAAUGGUAUCUCGGCCUUUAGACUUCAGGACCAUUGAUCUGAAGUUGGCUGCUGGAUCCUACGGGGGAUCACAUGAAUCUUUCAUCGAUGAUGUGCGGGAGGUUUGGCAUAAUAUAAGGACUGCGUACUGCAACAAGUCCAAUUUGCUUGAUUUAGCUGGAUCUUUGUUGCAGAAAUUCGAGGAAGAUUAUGAAAAAGAGGUUCUUCCCCUAGUCCAGAAAAUCGAGUGUUCAAAUGACAGCAGUUUAAGCAGUGAAGCUGCAAAAACGAGAGAUGAACUCCUAGCUCAUGUGAAUGAGAGCCUACUUCCUAAAGCCCCUUGGGAGGAAGGAAUCUGUAAAGUAUGUGGCAUGGAUAAAGAUGACGUCAAUUGUCUUCUUUGUGAUAAAUGUGAUUCGGAGUACCAUACGUAUUGCUUAAAUCCUCCGCUGGUUAAAGUUCCUCGGGGGAAUUGGUAUUGCCCCGAUUGUGAAGCUAAGAAAUCACAGUCCCUGAAUGCUUCUUCUGGUUCUCAUAUUAUUCGUCAAUGCAUUAAAAGGAGGUUGCACAGAAAAAAACUAACUCUCAAGAUUAUGGAUGCACUUUCUCGAUUAACAAGCACAAUGGAGUUGAAAGAAUAUUGGGAACUUCCACGGGAGGAUAGAAUUUUCCUUCUUAAAUUCCUGUGUGACGAGGUGUUGAAUUCAGCCUUUCUUCGUGAUCAUAUUGACCGAAGCGCCUCUCUGUCUGCUGAAUUGCAGCAGAAACUGCGUAGCCUCAGUGCUGAGCUGAAGCUUCUAAAAUGCAGAGAGGAAAUUUUGACUGGAAGCCUUGCAAAACUGAAGAGUAAUGGUCGGAGCAGUGGAGACGGAGGAUCAGAUGCAUUAGCGUCUCUACGGUCCAAUGACUGUAAACUGAAGGUACAGGAGCCUGACAGUGGCAGCCAUAACUCGUCCAUCUCUGGUGGUUGUAGACAGCUGGAUGAUGGCAGCAAUCAUAUUAGAAACUCUCCUGAUUCAAUCAACCAUUCACAGCAUCAGCAGUUGUUGAAGGAUGAUACAGGGUCUCUGAAUACUUCAUCCCCUGCAAAAGGUGGUACUGAAGAAGCUAGUUUGCAAAAUGACGUGUCCAUAUCUACCCUCCAACAAGAAAAUAUUCAAGUUCCUGGCAAUUGUUUGGAGUCCGCACAAAGUAGUUCAAAUGGUGUGUUGCUGUUUGCUGCUCGUUUGGUGCCUGGCAAUACUUUGUCAGGCUCCAUGAGCAACCAUAUGGCUGAGCACACACCUACCACAAAAUACAGCCGUCAGUGUUCCAUACAAGCUGACCCAAAUUUGGCGCAAGCAUACCUUCUUGAGAUAUCUGAUCUGAAGAAUGAGAUUCGUGCUUUGGAGGACUCAAUUGCUGCCAAAGAAGUAGAACUUCAGGAGGUUUCUGUUAGGAAGGAAUAUAUGGGACAGGAUUCUGAGGGCAGACUCUACUGGAGUUGUGGCAGGUCUACUUCACUACAAAUAGUUGCUAAUGGCAGUACAAGUACACAGCCGGAGUCAUCUCGACGUUUGUGGUCUUAUGGUGUAGAAAGUUCACGAGAAAAUGGUGUUUUAGAUUCAUCUGCUCCUUGGGAGAAUAUGGGCAUGCCUAAUCUUGAUCAGUGGACAUCUUAUAAAUCUGAUGUUGAGGUUGAACUACUUCGUCGAUGGCUAAGAGAGGAUGACACGAGAGAGAAAGAAUUGAAGGAGGCCAUUUUGCAGUGGCAGGAUAAUAGAACCAAAAAAUCCAGCUAUUCGGACAGUCAAGUCCAUAACAAGGUAAGACCGAGCACUUCUAUCCCCUCUGAGGAUUCUGGUUCCUGUUUCAGUUCUGAUUCUCUCGUCACCAGAGCCGUUACUGCAAUUAAAAAGAAGAUUAACGGUUGCUUAGCAGAAGAGGAAAUGGAUAUCUGCAAGGAUAUGGGUGUCAAAGUGAGAGUUUCUUUUGAUGGUGGAUUAUACAGGUGCGAGUGUCUAGAACCAUUAUGGCCGUCUAGACCUCAUUGUCUGUCUUGCCACCAAACAUUUUCCAAUGCUGCGGAACGUCUGAAGCAUGCAAAUGACAAGUGCAGGAUUGAUUCACCCAUUCAGCGGAAUGGGGAAACAAGCGAACAACCUCCUAAGCGGAAAAGAACGGCAAAAAAUGAAACACUGCAGGAGAAUUCGUUGAGCAAUAUUGACGUGUCUCAAGCUUCCAAGAGCAAGAAGCUUGGUAAUGGUGAAGCAUCUAGGAGGGACAAGCAUGGUAAUGAACCAGCUUCUGCUGAAAAUCAAACCGAACAAGAAUGUCCAUAUAAGUUUGAGGAGAUCAAAGCACAGUUCAUCACUCCGACAUCUCUCAAGGAGCUGGUGAAGGACAUAGGACUCAUUGGGUCUAACGGUACACCAUCAUUUGUUCCAUGCACAUCUCCAUAUCUAAGUGAUUCUGCCCUUGGAUUGGUCUCCCAAAGGGAAAAUGAGGUAUGUGCAGGAAAUUCUACAGAUUUAUUGUCUUCAGAGCAGGAACCUCGGAAUGGAGCCAAAAUUUCUACUGGAAAUAACUUAGCUGUGGUUGGACCAAUGUUUGAGAGACUAAAAUCUGCAACUAAGAGGGGAAGAGAUCAGUUCUCUUCUACCAAGGAUAAAGUCCUUGAAUUUGGGGAUGACAUGUACUUUAUUAUUCCGGAAUCCUCACUGCGUCCUUUCAUAGGUUACGCUUCUGAAAUUUUGCGGCGUCUUAAAAUCAACUUGCUUGACAUAGAUGCGGCUUUACCUGAAGAAGCUUUGAGAGUGUCAAGGUCACAAUCAGAGAGAAGAUGUGCAUGGCGUGCCUUCGUAAAAUCUGCAGCUACAAUUUAUGAGGUGGUUCAAGCCUCAAUUAUUUUAGAGGACACCAUCAAAGCCGAGUACUUGAGAAAUCACUGGUGGUAUUGGUCAUCACCUUCAGCUGCAGCAAGAAUCUCGACGCUCUCAGCCCUCGCUCUCCGUGUGUAUGCCUUGGACUCUGCUGUUUUGUACGAGAAACUUUCGUGUCAAGAUGUCUCAGAGACAGAUUGCAAGGAAGAAAGAGAACCUCCUCAUAAUCCUGUCCCCACAAACACAGCCAGUCCUUCAAGGCAAAAGCUGCUCGACCCCGAACCUGCUGAGACUUCGAGACCCAAGGGUAGCAGGACAAGCAAGAGGCGAAGAGAUUCAUGUGGCAGCUAAAGCAGGAAACAAAAGUGAAGCAGAUCAUCAUUAUCUGCAGUUUUCCCAAGGAACUCGCUGUACCCGUGGUUGAAACUGUUUAAGCAGAAAAAGGACUUGCAUAAGGUGUGCAAUAUCCUCUAUCCAAAACUCCUGGAGCAGGCUGUGCACUAACUUCAUCUAUUGUUUGGCGAACUCGAAAGAUGCUGUUUUGCUUUGACUUGGAAGUUAACCAAAUUCUUCCAGCACAUAGCCUCUCUUCGAGUAUACAUACAGAAGGCCUUUAUGCCGAUAAGAUUGUGCAUUUGGGCUUCAUACAAAUUUGGGGUUUGGGGGGUUGGGGGGGUGGGUGGGGAAGAGGCGGGCGUGUUAAACUGUUCCAUCUGAUGUACAUAUAAUAGCAAGUUUGAGCAGUUGUUAGUGGCAUCAUGUAUAUAAGUUUUAUAGAGACGAGUAAUGUUGUUCAUCAGAAACCUUCCUGAUAAAUGAAAAGGCAGCCAAAGUCUUCUGAUAUCAUACAAUCAGAGGACUUUGUUUUAGGUAACAA